AUGGAAGAUCUGGGUAGAACUAAUAAGCGAAAGUAUGAAGUAGGAAAUAUUUUGGAUGCGGAAAAUGGUUCUGAUUCGAAAAAGUAUAAGAAAUCACAAAUGCAUGGCUCCAACAGGGACUCCAACAAUGUUCAAGGUCACAAUCAGGAACCCUGGCCUUUGCACAACCCUUCCAGUCACAUGAGAUUUGCCCGACUUGCUAAGGUACUAGACGAAACCAUCGAGGAAUGCCUCAAGGACGGAGUUACCGAGGUCGACGCCGACUCUUUGAAAAAAUGCCUUCAACUCCAAAAACAACUUCAAAAAUCCAAGAAUGUUGCAGCCACGCCACAUCAUCAUAUUAUCAGCAACAUACCAAGCACGUUACCUACUACCCUUGUCACACCUUGGAACAGCAGAGAUAUACCCAAAAGUCUCCCGACGUUGCCACUCAUCCACGAUGAAACACUGGAGAAAGCUACUUUCACUCAUACCAACAGUGGAAGUGGUAAAAUCACAGACCUCGAUUACGAACAAUUAGAAUGGGUUGGGGAUGCCUACAUAGAGCUUAUAGCGACCCUGUUAAUAUCCAAAACAUUUCCCGCUCUUAAUCCGGGGAAAUCUUCACAAGUACGGGAACGCCUCGUGAAGAAUACACAACUCUCGGAAUAUUCGAGAGCUUACGGAUUCCAUAAACGCAUUAACCUUGGUCCGCAUUUUGCCGUCCGGGAUAACGAGAAGAUGAUCAAGAUUUUUGGUGAUAUAUUUGAAGCCUACGUUGCUGCUGUCAUUCUGUCAGAUCCGGUAAACGGACUCCAAAAUGCUGUGAAAUGGUUGAAAGAUCUGUGGAGUAUGACAAUAAAGAAAGAUAUUGUUAGCCAGGAGAACAGUGUCUUGAAUUACUCCAGCCCGUUAUGGAACCUGUCCGGAAAACCAGAGCCUGCAACCAAACAGUCUGUGUUGCUGAAUCCGAAAGACCAAUUGGCGCAGGCCAUUGGAGCAAAAGUCGUCAAAAUCUCAUAUCGCGAUACUGCCAAAGAAACCAAAUGUCGCAAGACGAAGCUCCCGAUAUUCUCGGUGGGCGUUUUUCUUGAUGGGUGGGGUGAGAAGGACAAAAAACUAGGUGAGGGAAAAGCCAAUGGCAAGAAAGAGGCUGGUUUCAAAGCUGCCGAACAGGCUCUUAACAAUAAGAAAAUGAUGACGGUGUUGAUAGAAAAGAAAAGGUUGCAUGACGAACAACGGGAGCUGGAAAGGCUUGCGUUAGAGAAUGCGCAAGCUCUCUAG